GUUUGAUGUCGUUUGCCAGGAAACUCUUGUUCUUAUCUUAUCCUACUUGUUGAAUCGGAAAACGUUCCCAAGCCCAUUAGCGCGUUAACCUUCUCCAGCGUAUUGACAGAAUCCGUAAAGAUCGUAGCCGAGUUUUCGACAAUUCCUCGAAAAUGUUAUUGAAAUCGGUAAUUUUAAUUGGCGGUCCUUCGAAAGGAACUAGGUUUAGACCCUUGUCAUUGGAUAUACCGAAGCCGCUGUUCCCGGUCGCCGGACUCCCAGUGAUCCAACAUCACAUAGAAGCCUGCUCCGAAGUUGAUAAUCUCAGCGAGAUACUGAUCAUCGGAUCGUACUUAGCCAGCGAUUUAUCCCAGUUCAUCCAAGAGAUGACGAGCAUGUAUAACAUAACUAUUAGGUAUCUCCAAGAGUUCACACCAUUGGGAACAGCUGGAGGCUUGUAUCAUUUUCGUGAUCAAAUAAGAUCCGGAGGGCCAACGUACUUCUUUGUGAUGAAUGGAGAUGUGUGCGCUGAUUUCUCGUUACAAGAAAUAAUCGACUACCACCAAAAGAAAGAUGCAUUGCUUACUAUAAUGGCUACCGAGGCAACGAGGCAGCAAUCCUUGAAUUAUGGGUGCAUAAUUAUUGAUAAGGAUGGGGCGGUCGCUCAUUACGUUGAGAAACCGUCGACGUUUGUCUCCACUUUGAUUAACUGUGGGAUCUACGUCGCCUCCCUCGAUAUUUUUCAGACGAUGGCUGAUGCGUUCUACGCGGGGCAAAGUCAAGAAAACUCUGUGCAAUUCAAUGGUAACGGCAAAGAUCCGGCGCACAUAUCUUUAGAACACGAUAUUUUAACGCGAUUAGCUGGAACCGGACGUCUGUUCGCUUUGCCUAUAAUGAGAUGGUGGUCUCAAGUUAAGACCGCAGGUUCCACGAUAUACGCUAAUCGCCAUUACCUGGCUCUCUAUAAAGCAAAACAUCCGAAUCGUCUCGCCUCCCCGGUCAACGGGCCUUGCCAAAUCGUUGGUGACNNAUAUAUAUAUAAUUUUAUAACGAAUUGAAUGAUACAGAAAAUAUUUAAUUCGCAGCUAGGACCGAACGUGAGCAUAGGCCCGAAUGCUGUGAUCUCUCAGGGCGUUAGGAUAAGAGAGUCAAUUAUAUUAGCUAAUGGUCACAUUCAGGCGCAUUCCAUUGUCUUACACAGUAUAGUAGGUAAAAGCAGUUAUGUCGGCGAAUGGGCGAGAAUAGAAGGAACGCCGUGCGAUCCGAACCCCGACAAAGCGUUCGCGAAAAUGGAAAAUCUGCCUCUGUUUAACACGAACGGGAAAUUAAAUCCUUCCAUAACAAUACUGGGCACCAGCGUACGUUUGGCAGCAGAGAAAAUCGUGUUGAACUCGAUCGUCUUACCGCACAAAGAGCUGACAAGGAACUUUAAAAACGAAAUCAUUCUAUAAAGCGUAAACUAUUGGAACGCGCAAAUUAGUAUCUCAAAUAAGAGAUACUUUUGUUAACUAAUUCAUUCAGUUGGUGAGAAAUUUCUUACCAUUCUAAUAUAUUUUAUGUUUUAACUUCUGUUAUCGAUUUCUAAGAGAGUGAUUGCAGCACAAGAUCAGUAUUUCGUUAAUCCUUAAUUGCGAACUAUUGGAAUUAAGUUGGAACUUUAGAACGUUAAAAAAUAAAUAAGUCUGGUUAAGGAUUGGUAAACUGAAGCACAAUGUAUAAAUUCAUAAGCUAUUUCUGUAUAAAAAUGUUUUCCGAUAAACUUAUUAUACACAAUUGUUGACUUAUAUAUAUUAUAUACUGUAUAUAAAAAAUAUACAUGUGAAAUUUUUCGACACUUG